GUGACGACAACAUCUCUAUAGAAGAAGGGGCGCAUAGAGUCACCAUCGCCAACAUAUGGGGCACGGCUGGCCAUGGAAUCAGUAUUGGCAGCCUUGGUGCACACGGCACAGUGGCGUGUGUUUCCGAUGUGACUGUACGCAACGUGGUUCUAACGGACACAGACAAUGGGCUGCGCAUCAAGACAUACCAGGGGGGGCGUGGUCUGGUGAAGAACAUUCAGUUUAAGAACGUGCUUAUGAAGAACAUCAAGCUUCCAAUAGUGAUUGAUCAGAACUACUGCGAUCGCUCGACUCCUGGAGUGGUGUGUGAGAAGCAGACGGACAACGUUGCGGUGCAGGGGGUGAGCUUCAGCAACAUCGAAGCCACCACGACAUUCAAGCGAGGGCUGCUGCUCAACUGCAGCUACUCCGUGCCGUGCCGUGACAUCCACCUCUCCAACGUGCGCGUCACACCCGAAUCCAAGAGCGUGCUAAUAUCUCCGGUGAUUCGUAACGUGUACGGGAAAUUCGACAGCAAGACGAGGCCGGUGCCGACAUCCCAGUUCCGCACUUCUGGCUUCAGCUUAAUGACGUAUCCUCGUGUAAAUCAGAUGGCAUCACUUUGCUCUUCAUCAUCAAAGGGCAUGUGA